AUGGCUCUCAUUACGCUGCCACCGGAGCUCAAGCUAAAUAUAGCUGACAGCUUGGACCCGGACUCAACUCUCAAUUUCGCCCUUACCUGCAGAGACCAUGCGACACUGCUCAAAUCCUUGUUGAGACAGCAUGCACGACUACUUGCGAAAUGGAAGGUCAUCGACACGACCGAUGCUCGUACGCUUCUUUGGGAGACCUUGAGAGACGUAAUAGCAAACCCUCGACUAGGGUGGUACAUCAGGGAACUCAAUCUUCCAGAAAGCCGGCAAUACAAUUGGAAUGCGAACGAGAGUUUGCGCAAUUCCCACCCAAAGCAUGGCGUUGUGCCAUCCGAAGAAGACAAGGCCUUGUUCAUUGAGGCAGCAAGGGGGCUGCAAGAUCUGUACCCGGGGUUUGGCGUAGAUGAAUCGAAUCUGCUGAGACGAUACUCUCAUGCCUUCAACUUUUCACCUCGCCCGUACGACACGAUUGGAUCUAUCGAAGAUCGAAUUCACGCAGGCUUCGAGGACGCCAUUGUCGCGAUCCUUCUGCACCAUCUACCUUAUCUCACGACCAUCAGACAUUCAGAAGUCGGCAUGGAGGACUGUCUGGAACUUGUUCUAUGGCAGAUCGCGUUAGGAUACAAGAACCCGGUCAUGGCACCAAAGCUUCCCCUACAACAUCUCAAGACGGUCGCCGUGCGUUACGCUCUGGACGAAGGAAGCAGCUCUCCUGAUUGGGCGUGUUUUUAUCUCAGUAUCCCUUCGGUAAAGACGUUUGUAGGGCAAGCAAUGGGUGGUUCGCCUAGCGAGGACGUCCUACGCACUUUAUUCCCCACAGGUGCUGCUCCGUGCUCUAACGUGGAAGAGCUAUUCUUCAGACAUUCUGUCUUCGAUGUGGAUGGCCUAGCAACCAUACUCGCGAACAUUCGGCAUCUAAAGAAGCUAACGUACAACGGUGGUGAUGCUCUGGUGUCCGAUUCGAGCUGGUACGAACCAAAGAAAGUCAUCCGAGCAGUUGCUACACACGCCGGCCGCUCGUUGGAAGAGCUCAUGCUCAGCGAGGAGGACACGGAUAGUGAACCUCCUGAGGAUGGCCCAGCGAUUGUUUCUCUCCGAGAGUUCCAGAAGCUCCGUGUACUCCACUGUCAAUGGCGCAUGCUUCGCCCCGACAUGGCAAAAGAGGAAGACCCUGAACAUGACGAGCCGCUAGAACAAGGCUAUUACCGAAAGGAGGAUUACGAACAGAUUGAUGUCGACUUCGACGUAAGGACCCUUCUCCCAGAGUCCUUAGAAGAGUUUUAUAUGAACGGCGAUUUCCACGACUAUGAUGAAUGGGAGCACAUGGAAAAUACAGUCAAGGCCUCAAGCGCCUUCACGCCCCGCCUGAGUAUUGAUAAGACCUGUAUUAAGAAAGGAGGUUAUUGGAGUGAUCGAAUCGGUACCGCAGAGGAACCGGAUGGAGCCUGGUCUCAUCCGCUCGGCCGCCUUUUCGAAGGUCAUCAUGGUUAA